CAGCGACGGACGUACCGUAGCUCUCCGUACUCCGUAUUCCGAUUCCGUACUCCGUUUUCCGUAUUCCGUGGAGCGUUCCCCGUGCCAGCGUCAUCAGCUGCAGUUUCACGUACGCAGCCCGGCCGUGCAAGUGCCUCCAUAUCCGUCUCUUUCGCUCCGGCUCCGGCUCUCCAGUGCGUACCCGUAAUUGGCAGGUCUCCGUCGAACCCCAACCCGUACAGAAGCCCGGAGACGUGCCAAGUGCCGGAGAUAAAUGAACUGGACGCGGCGCGCCUCAUUUGAAUGCCAAUCGAUUGACGGCUAGUUUCCCGAUCCGGAUCCACAUCCGCCUCCGUGCAGUGCGUGACCCGUAGUCGGUCGCUGGAUAAUUGGGGACACGUAGCACACGCGCGUCUGGUGUCACGGACACAAAAGGAUGCGGCGGCCUUCGCAGCCCUGAAUCCUACCUAGCCCAAGGCAGUUAAAGCAACCAAGUGCAAUAUACAGUAGUGAAAAUGUGUUAAGUGUUAAGGACAAAAGGUCCUCCGCCAACUGCGAAAACUUGGAAGAUACUCAUAGAGACCAAUUAGUGAAAAGACCCUUCCACAGCCAGAGCGACAUGUUGCCGUAUCAGGCUGCAGUGGCCAUGGACUACGCCGGCUACCAGCGCCAGCCAACGCCCGGGCAUCCUGGCUCUCACAUGGCGACCAUGGGCUCCCUGGCCAUGCCGGCUGUGCCGUUCAGCCACAGCUGGAUGGUGCCCACCCAGGACCUGUGCGCCAUGCCGCCGUACAACAAGAUGCCCGGACAUCAGCAGCCGCCAGGACCCGGCAUGCAUGCCCAGCAACAGCCCAUCGAACCGGGCAUCCUGGAGCUGCGCAAGGAAAAGUCGAGGGAUGCGGCUAGAUCGCGUCGGGGCAAGGAGAACUACGAGUUCUACGAGCUGGCCAAGAUGCUGCCCCUGCCGGCAGCCAUCACCAGUCAGCUGGACAAGGCGUCCAUCAUAAGACUGACCAUCAGCUAUCUGAAGCUAAGGGACUUUUCCGGACACGGCGACCCGCCAUGGACAAGGGAGGCCUCCAGCAGCAGUAAGCUCAAAAGUGCCGCCAUCCGUCGCAGUCCCGCCGUUGAUUUGUUCGAGCAACAUCAGGGCACCCACAUACUGCAGUCUCUGGAUGGCUUCGCCUUGGCUGUGGCGGCGGACGGCCGCUUCCUGUACAUCUCGGAGACGGUGUCCAUAUACCUGGGCCUGUCGCAGGUGGAGAUGACGGGCAGCAGCAUUUUCGAUUAUAUCCAUCAGGCGGAUCACUCGGAGAUUGCCGAGCAGCUGGGCCUGAGCCUCACAAGCGGCGGUGGCAGCAGUGGGGGAGGCGGUAGCUCCGGUGGAGGCGGCGGCUCGGGAACGGGCAUGGCCUCGCCCACAUCCGGAGCCUCGGACGAUGGCAGCGGCACACACGGUACGAACAAUCCCGACGUGGCCGCCUCCAUGACCCAGGCCUCGACGAGUGGCUACAAGGGCUACGACCGCAGCUUCUGUGUGCGGAUGAAGUCGACGCUGACCAAGCGCGGAUGCCACUUCAAGUCCUCUGGCUAUCGGGCCAGCGAUGCAACGAGCAAUUGCAACCACGCUAGUAACAAUGCCAAUGCUAAUUCAGCGGGCAAUGCUAAAAACGUUAAGAAUCCGGGCUCAAACUAUUCGGUGGUCCUUCUCCUGUGCAAACUGCGUCCCCAGUACACUUUCUCCCACAGCCGCAAAUCGCAGCCGCCGCUCCUUGGAAUGGUGGCCUUGGCCAUUGCCCUGCCGCCGCCUUCGGUGCACGAGAUUCGGCUGGAGUGCGAUAUGUUCGUGACCCGGGUGAACUUUGACCUUCGAGUGGCCCACUGUGAGCCGAGGGUUUCCGAUCUCCUGGACUACACGCCGGAGGAUUUGGUCAACAAGAGCCUGUACUCGCUGUGCCACGCCGAAGAUGCCAACCGCCUGCGCAAGAGCCACACGGAUCUGAUCGAGAAGGGUCAGGUGCUGACCGGCUACUAUCGACUGAUGAACAAGAGUGGGGGCUACACCUGGCUGCAGACCUGCGCCACCGUCGUAUGCAGCACCAAGAAUGCCGAUGAGCAGAACAUCAUCUGCGUGAACUAUGUGAUCAGCAAUCGGGAGAACGAGAACCUGAUCCUGGACUGCUGCCAGCUGGAGCCCAGCGUGGACAGCAUUAAGCAUGAGGAGAGCUUGGGCAACGAUAAGAGCAGCGGCUCCCCGGGCGGCGAUGCUCCCGGAGAGGGCAACCCGCACCUAAGUGCCGGCGACAUGAAGCUCAACUCGCCGAAAACCGAUCCCGAUGGCCAUUCGCACCGCGGGCGAGGACGCAGUGCAGCGGCCUCUCACGGCAGCAGUCUCAAUAGCCUCAGCCUGAUCAAGGAUAGUCCAACGCCGCUCGGCGUUGAGAUCGAAGCUGGUGUCGGUGUGCUGCCCACCACAGUGGCCACGCCAGUGCCGGCAGCCACGCCCAACGGCAGCAGCUCCAAUGCCGGCAGCGGUGGAGCGACCACCAAGAGGAAGCGCAAGACGAAGGCGGCCCAGCAGGCGGAAGAUCAGGAACGUCAGGAGCAGGCGAUGCCGGAGCAGCCACUGCCCAAGCUACCGGCCAUGGAGCAGCGCGACCAGCAGCAGCCCCGCAGCCGCCUGCCUUCGCUCGUUGACGAGCAGCAACCCGCCUCUUCGGCGGCGGACUCGGCAGUCAAGGACCUGGAGCAUGCCAUGUCCAAGCACCUGCCCUCGCCGGUGGCGGUGUCUGUGGCUCCGCCGCCCAGCACCGACUUCAGCGCGGACUCCCUGCUCAAACAGCAGCAGCAGCAACAGCUGGAUCCCAACGAGAAGAGCAGCACGAUCCAAUGGAUAGGCACGCCCUACCAGCAGCCGCCGGCACCCAUGCCAGCCACGGCCCUCCUCCGGCAGCUGUACGCCAACCGGGAAAGCGUAAUCCGGGCCACGGCUCGCCAGACGCCGACAGGCGUCGGCCCGGGCGUGUUCUACGGGGACCAGCAGACGGGACCCUUGCCCACGCCGCCGGGCAGUGAGUCCUCCUACGAGAACCAAUACCUGCAACUGCACUCGGCCGCCUCGGCUGGCGGACAUCCCGGCAGCGGCCAAAAGACUUCUGCCGAUGCCUUCACCAAUCUGGUGUCCACCUACGGGGGCUAUCACAGCUCCAUCGACUACCACAACGCCAUGACCCCGCCCAGCUCAGUGUCCCCGCGAGACUCCAAUCAGCCCGGCAAGGCGGCGCCCGUGCUCACCUCGAAUGGCGGUGGCUACGACUAUGCCCCCGAUCCGCUCCGGGGCCAGUAUGCGACGACAUCCGGAGACGGAGGAGUGUUGCCAGCGACGUUGCCUCUGAAGCCGCAGGCCUACACGGCUGCCAUGCACCCGUCGUCCACCACCACCGAGGGCGGAGUCACCUACAGCAAUCUAGACCAGCCGCAGUACUUUGCGCCGCACUCGAGCUUCCAUCUCUACCACAAGGGCAGCCCGACCAGCGGUUGGUACUCCACGCCCUCCUAGGUGCUAGACGAUCAGGGCCAGGCCCACUCCUAUCAGGAGCAGCAUCAUUUCCAGCAGCAGCAGUACCAAGAUGGCAGGCAGAGCCAGGCGCCGGGCGGCGAUAGAUGGGACUUUGUGGGGGCGCUGGGCAAGGUGGCCAGGAUGUUCUUCAGCGCCAGGAAGGGGAAUCCGGGAUAGAGCGAAUAGGUUUGCUAGGACUGGUUGCUCCUCAGGAUGAGGCACUCCCCCACUAGCAAUCCAUAGAGCGUUAAAUGAAACAUUAAAUGUUGUUAAAUAAUUCUUAAGUCUGUAAAUUAUGAAACACGUAGCGCACACUGAGACACCCAAUGAAAUUAUACGCAAGAAUACUCAAAACGCAAUUAAUUAAACACAAACUAACUAACAAGUAACGUGUAAUGAGUAAGGCUAAAGUAAAUUGAAAUAUAAACUAAGACUUGCAUAGAGUGCCAAGGAACAGAGAACAUGAAUCCCAGCUAUGAGGAACGGCUUGAACCCAACCCUCUCCCCCUCUAUCUCUCUCUCUCUUGUUAUUAAUUAUUUAAAUAAAUUGUAAUUUUACCGAUACAUAGGCACGCGCGUAUAUAAGAUUAACUCAUUACAACAUAUAGUAUCCCUAACAUACACAUAAAUAUAUUUAAUGACAUUUUUACAACAUAUCAAAUGCUUCCUCCUGUAGGUCCUAGGAUUUAUGUGUAAUCGAGCAGCGAUUCGACUCGGUUAUAGUAUCUCUAAGAGUUCUGCUAAUGUUCGUCUAACUCCGUUUCCUCCCUAUUGUAUAUUUAAUGAAUCUAAUAGCUAAAAACAACAAAAUACCGAAAAAAAACAAACAACAAAAAGCAAAGACCGAGCAAAAAAUCUGUAAUUAAAUUUUGUAUAGAAGCAACAAGAAAGUUUCUCCCAUUAAAGGCUUAAAAAAAUAUUGAA